AUGAUACAGCAAGUGAGAAAAGACAUAAACGGGUUGACCAUUACAGACAUUGGCACGAUUAGGUGUAUUAUACUAAAUGAGGGCAAAACUGUGGAACAAUUUCUCCCCUUUUCGGCCAACGACCCUGCGUCGGGGCAGCAGAAACCGGGUUCCAAUCAGAAUGGCGAUAACACAGUCAGUAUGCUGAAAAAGCUGGCGAAUUUGCUGCAGCCGGAGCCCGCCCUGGGUAGUAGCAUGGCGCCGAAGAUGAGCGACAGCACAGGAUUAAACGCAACUGCGAGUAUGAACAUGGGUGCAAGUAUCACAACAAAUGUGAACAUGGGUGGGAGUAUGACUACAAAUGCAAACAUGAGUGCAAACAUGAGUGCGAACAUGAGUGCGAACAUGAGUGCGAACGUGAGUGCGAACCACAUGCCAGGGAAAAACCAAGUGAAGAAUAAAAUGAGUAACCACUCCAUUUACAACAACGCCGGUAGCCACUUCAACCAAGUGCACAUGAACAAAGGGGAGCACGGCGAGAACAACCCCUAUGCUACGAAGCGGCUAAGUCGAAUUGAACUAAUUGACAUAUUUGGUUUCCCCGUAGAAUUUGAUGUAAUGAAAAAAAUUUUAGGAAAAAAUAACUCCAACAUAUCUUACAUAAAGGAACAAACUAAUAACUCUGUAUCCAUUGAGAUAAAGGGGAAGCCAUUUAAUGAAGCUCCGAUUGUGGAGCGGAUGCAUGUGUCUCUUUCAUCGGACGAUUUAAUAGGCUAUAAAAAAGCUACGGAGUUAAUUGUAAAAUUAUUGAAUUCUAUUUUUGAAGAAUUUUACGAUUUCUGUUAUGAGAAGAAUUAUCCAGUUCCGGAAAAUUUGUCGUUUAAGAGACACGAAUAUAUGUAUAACCCCGAUGGGAGUACGAAGUAUGUAGGAUUCAAGGACAAGUGGCAUGUCAUGAAGGACAAUUAUAGGACCGAUUACUCCUUUAGGAAAAACAAAGGCUUGCAAAAGAACGACAAGGAUAAGAGGAUGCACGGCGGCGCCUUUGGCGGGCACCCCAACUUGAGCAUCGGCUAUGCCAACCAGAAUGCUCCCCAGGGGGACUUCAAGGACAUGAAUUACAAAGAAUCCAACCAGGGAAAUUUUCGUAAUAUGAAAUUAAACCGGGCGCGGGAUCAGCACUUGUAA